AUGCGCCGGAUACGGCAAGCUCUUUCAAGAAUGGGCGGCAAAAGCAGCAAGCCGUCCGCGCAGACGGUGCCGGAGAAGUCGCAGCGGGUGCAGCAGCUCCGCGACGGCAUGAUCCACCCGCACCAGCACCACAAUGGCGGCAUCAACGGCACCCCCAACGCCAGCACGGCGGCGCUGUCCCGCAGCGGGACCACGACCCGUAGGUCGCUGGCCAUGGACCUGGAGCCCGACGGACCGGGAGUGCUGAUCAUGCACGACGGGAGCCGCGAUGGCGGCCGUGGGCUCAGCACCGCAAACACCAACACCACGGGUAACAGUAUCGCCAGCAGCGGGUCCGGCGAGAACAAGGACAAGGGCAUCGACAUCAUCCUCGUGCACGGAUUCGGUGGAGGUCGCACCCGCAGCUGGACCCAGGACGGCGUCUGCUGGCCCCGGGACCUGCUUCCCCGAGAGCUCCCCGCCAACACGAGGGUCAUCAGCUGGGGGUGGCGGGUUCCCGAGAACGUCGCGGCCGUGGGCGAGGCCGGAGGUUACGGGCAGCUGUGCGACAUGGUCAGCGACCAGCUCUCGAUGGACCUGGCGCGGGUUGACGGCGAGGCCGAGCGCGACCUCAUCUUCAUCGCGCACGGCAUCGGAGGUCUCAUCGUCAAGGACGCCCUGUCGACGACGGCCGUGUCGCAGGUCUUUGGUAAGCGCAGCGAGCUGGGUAGCAUCUACCCGCGCACCGUCGGCGUCAUCUUCCUGGGGACUCCGCAAAAGGGCCACGGCCGACAGACGCUGGCCCAGUGCGCCGCCAUCGCCGCCAGGCUCGACUGCGCCGGCGGUCCCGGCGGGCAGAUGGACGACGCCUUCUUCCGCAUCAUGGCCGACAGCAACGACGCGCUCGAGACGCACAGGGGAGAGUUUGCCCUCAUCUCGCGUGAUUUGCCUGUUGUUUGCGUACGCGAGCAGCUGCAAACGGCCGUGAGGGGAGUCGACAUGCUGCCCAAGAACUGCUCGUCUUACGAUGGCCUCAACGUCACCACCGAUGAUAUUUUCAGGGACCACAACGGCCUGGCCAGGUACACCGACAGGCAGGACCCUGGAUAUUUCCAGCUGGUGGGACACAUUAGCAAGCUCACCAGACGGACGAGGUUCCAGGAUACCGAGGCUGGCAUGAUUAGAAGCAAAGAAAUUCUCGACGCUCUCCACUACGACAUGCGUGAGAACGAGAACAAGGCCAACGAGGAACUCAAGCAAACAUCAGCCUGGAUUCUUUCGGCCAAGGACACGCAGGGAAGCGGAGCAGGUGACAACGUCCCCAACGCCUUCAACAACUGGCUCGAGGACCCCGGCCAGUCCAUCUUCUGGAUCAGCGGCAAUCCAGGAUCUGGUAAGACGACGCUGAUGAGACACGCCUUCCACGACCCGUCGACGCGUGAAAAGCUCCAACGUUGGGCCUCGAGCGGGAUCGAUGACGAGACCAAGCUCCGCCGGCGUGACAAGCCCGAGCUCCUCAUGGCGGCCGUGUUCCUCUUCGAGGCGGGCAGCUACGUGCAAAAGUCUCGAGAGGGUAUCCUCAGGGGUAUGCUGUACCAGAUCCUGACGCAGAAGCCAGAGUUCAUCCCCAUCUGCUUCCCGUCCUUCAUGCAGGGCCCCUGGCCGCCCAAGGUUCCCUUCAACACCACCAUGAACCUGUCGCAGGCGUUUUUCCAACUGUUUGCGCGCAUGUCCAAGACUCUGAGGUUGUGCAUGUUCAUCGACGGACUGGACGAGUACCGUCUGGCCGAGGGCGCCCAGGACCAGCAGGAUGACCCCAACCACAAGCCCGGCCAGAACCAAAACGGCAAAAAGCUCCACAAGAGGAGCAGCCGCUACUCGGUCGACGAGUUGACAAACGACACAUCCACCUUGGCAGUCAGCGAGUACGGCAGCGCCAGCGAGCAAGCCACCAGCGUCGACGAGCGCGGUGAUGUUUUGGGUAACGCCGCCUGGAUCGCUGAUUCGCACAGCGAAAUCGCCCGUCUUAUUAUGGACCUGAGUAACCAAGACCACGUCAAGCUCUGCGUGGCCAGUCGUGAGUUGCCACCUUUCGAGGAGGCCUUUGCCGGAGUACCACGCCUCCGCGUCCACACCCAAACCGAGAAGCUCAUUUCGCAGUACUGCGCCGACAGGCUGGACAAGGUCGCCCCUGGACUGUCGCAGGGUCAACGCCCUCUUUGUGACGAAGUGGCACGCAAGUCCAGGGGUGACAUCCUCUGGGCCAGGCUGGCCAUUGACAUGUUGAUGGAGGGUAGUCUACGCAAGCUCAUGGCCACCCUCGACUCCCUCCCCUCGCAGCUCGGCGGUCCCAACGGCUUGUACAUGCGCAUCAUCCAGGCCUUGGACAAGGAGGAGCAGCGCGAGGCGGCCCGCAUCUUCCACCUCAUCCUCCGCGCCGUCGAUCCCCCCAACCUCAUCACCCUUGCCUUUGCCGACGAGGGCUUCAUCGCCGGCCCGGAGCUGCAAUCCAAAGACCCAUCCCUGGGCAGGCUCAUCGUCGACCACGACCGAGCCCAUCCCUACACCCGCGCCGACAUGGCCGCCAUCACCUCCCGCAUGCAGUCUCGCCUGACGACAUCCUGCGCCGACCUGCUCGAGACCACCGACAAGGGGAACCGCGUCGUCUUCAUGCACCUGACGGCCAAGGAGUUUGUGCUGCGGUCCAGCGUCUGGAAGAAGAUCAAGGCGCCCGUGCCGUCGUCGGUCGACCUCGACGUUUCGCUCAUGUCGGGCACCAUCCGCUACCUCAAGUGCUUCUCCACCCUCCGCCUCGUCGUCACCAACCGGCCUCGGCUGCAGUUCACCCCGGAGGCCUGGCUUCUCGUGUCGCACGUCCUUCGGUACGCCGCCCGCGUCGACGAGCGCCUCGUAUCCACCGGCGACCCGGACUGCUCCCGCGAGACCUACAUCGGCCUGCUGGACGAGCUGGACCGAACCUUCCAGGAGGCGUGGCAGACGGCCGUCAAGGAGCACGUCCCCGCCCGCGACGACGUCGGCUGGUACAGGGACAGGUACCGCCCGCUCAUGGCCUCCCACUGGUCCGACUACGAGCCCAUGGAGCUUGGUCCCAGCCCGCGCCGCGCCGGCUUCUUGUCCCUCGCCCUCCAGGCCAACCUGCUGGGUUACGUGUCGUACAAGCUCGGCCUCAUCGCCGACGACAAGACCCGCGCCUCGGUCGCCAUGGAUCUGCUCGAGUUUGCCGUCAGCCCCGAGGGCGACUCGCGGACCGUCGACGGAGGGCCGAGCGUCAGCGCCUCUGGUGCCGUCACGGGCACGUACCGCGACUUCCACCACGACAUGCCCGACGGGCGGUUCGUUCCCAUGCUGUUGGAGGCGGCGGGUGGUCCUCCUCCCAGCGUGGACGGUGUCGAGGGUGGAGCCGAAGGUGGAGAAGGAGGAGAGGGUGACGCGGGUGGUGAUGACGGCACGGCGUCCACUGCUCCCACCGACACGGGGGUCAUCGAGUCUGCAGACCUCGAGGCGCAGAGGCGUCUGGUGUGGACGCAGGCGCUCAAGGCGGGACGGCAGUUCUUCCACCAGCGCGGAGCGGCGUCGGUGCUCAACAUGACGCCCGAGUCGACCACGACCCUGGCCAGGAACAGGGGCCGCUGGGUCGCCGCCAUCAAGGCGCUGCUGUCUACGGGAUGGGCGGACCCGCACAUCCAGAUCCCGGCCUUUGGCAUCGGCGGAGGCAUGGACGACGCCGGCAUGGGCGCCGGUGGCGAGCUGAGAACCGCAGCAGACGUCAUCAAGGAGACGCUGGACGGCGAGGUUGAAUUCCAACGCGAGCUGAUCAUGAUCGAGGCAUUGAUCGUCAAGGUGUCUCAGGCCCAGAGUAGCAGGACGCCGGGGAGGGCGCUGUGA